AUGCAUGAAUGAAUCAUCCUAAUCUCAAACCCACUCCUAUGUAUCAUCCCCAUCCUUUUAGCCGUAGCCUUCCUAACCCUGCUAGAACGAAAAGUCUUAGGCUACAUACAACUCCGAAAAGGGCCCAAUGUAGUAGGACCCUAUGGCCUCCUACAACCAAUCGCAGAUGGAGUAAAACUAUUCAUUAAAGAACCCGUACGACCAUACGCAUCCUCCCCCAUCCUAUUUUUAAUCGCCCCAAUACUAGCUCUAACACUAGCACUAACCUUAUGAAUACCAAUGCCCACCCCCUACCCAAUCACAGACAUCAACCUGGGAAUCCUAUUCAUCCUAGCCAUCUCCAGCCUAGCAGUCUACUCCAUCCUAGGCUCAGGCUGAGCAUCAAACUCAAAAUACGCACUAAUCGGAGCCCUACGCGCCGUAGCACAAACCAUCUCAUAUGAAGUUAGCUUAGGAUUAAUCCUACUCUCCACAAUUAUCCUAGCCGGAGGCUUCACCCUACACACCUUCAAUGUGGCCCAAGAAAGCAUCUGACUUCUGGCCCCCAGCUGACCACUAGCCGCUAUAUGAUACAUCUCUACACUAGCAGAAACCAACCGAGCCCCCUUCGACCUCACAGAAGGAGAAUCAGAGCUCGUUUCAGGUUUCAACGUAGAGUACGCAGGGGGGCCCUUUGCCCUCUUCUUCCUAGCCGAAUAUUCUAACAUCCUACUAAUAAACACACUAUCAGCUAUUCUAUUCCUAGGAGCCUUUCACUCCCCUCUGCUCCCAGAAAUCACAACCCUCAACCUAAUAACAAAAGCCUCACUCCUCUCAAUCCUGUUCCUAUGGGUCCGAGCUUCAUACCCCCGAUUCCGAUACGACCAGCUAAUACACCUAAUCUGAAAAAACUUCCUCCCUAUCACACUCGCCCUAGUACUAUUAUGCACAGCCCUCCCACUAGCCCUAGCAGGCCUUCCCCCACAAACCUAA